AUGGAGAUUUCGGUGACUUCUCGGGUGACGAGGUGAGAGACUGAGUGGCCAGUGCGAGCGUCCGCGAGCUCUGGGACUCACCCACGCGGAAGACUCUCGGUCCUCCACCCGCAACCGCACGUGCAUCAUGCGUGGCAAACCCUUGUUCUUCCGCGAGGCAAAAGGGUCGCGCGGCUUACCCCUACCCAGAUGAUCGCCUGCAAGUCGUCGUCGAGAUUCCAUUGCCUGCUCAAAGUCGCGUUCCCGCCGAAUGCUCCUCUCUCGAGCCCGUUGAGCCGCCUUCAGGAUUGUCCCAGAGGUCAGAGUUUGAGUCUUAUCUGGAAGAUGGCUAGCACAAAGGACCGGCAUGCGGAGUUGGACAGGCGUAAGAAGAGAAAAUCAAUUAUGCAUGUAUGGAGGCCAAUCUCCACCCAGUCAGCUUCAAAUGAAGUUGAUCACAGUAGAUCUGAUGUUCAGUGUCAACUCCCAGAGUUGCAUCAGAACAAACCUUCUGGUGUUUCUGAUAAAGAGAUCACCACCCAGGAAGACUCUGUUAUGGGCAUUUCCAUGACACUAACUACAAGUGCUCGUGCCGUGGAUCAUGGCAACGAUUUUGAAACAGAAAAUGUGUCCACAUGUCAUGAUCUCAGUACUACCUCCAAUUCUGGUGGGGCCCUUGAGCAAGGAGUUAUGGAGGGUGCUGUACAGGUGAUGAACCCAACAACGGGUGCUGAAUUAGGCAGUGGAGAUGAAAGACAUUCAAUUUCUAUUGAGGUUGGUGCUUCCUUGAUUCGCUUUAUUAAAGGAAAAGGAGGUUCUAUGCAGAAACAAAUUGAGGGAGAGUUGGGGGUAAAGAUUGUAUUCCCUUCAUCUAAGGAGGACAGUAACAUCACUAUCGAGGGUACUGUUCAAAGUGUUGCUAAAGCAUCAGAAAAGAUUGCUAGUAUACUCGAAGAGGCUGUGGAAAGCCCAAAGCUUGAUUACUCUCACUUUAUAUCCCUACCAUUGGCACUCCACCCAGAACUGGUGGAGAAGCUAAACUGUUUUCAGAACUCUAUAAUUGGGGAUUCCACAUUUAGUGAUGAUGAUGAUUUGGAAAAAGAAUCAAAUGAUGGUACCACAGAUGAUGAGGACAAUCAAUCAGAAAGACAGAAGGUUGCUGUUAGGCUUGAAGUUCAAGAUGAAAAGGAAUGUGUAAAAGUGAAGAUAAAUGCUAUGGACUACAAGUCUACUACUAGAGCUUCGUCUUUGACAGAUAUGGGCAUUGAUAGAUCUAUAUUUAUUAAGCCAAAAACAUUUCAUUUGACUGUUCUUAUGCUGAAAUUGUGGAACAACGAGCGAAUUGCUACAGCUGCUGAGGUUCUUCAGAGAAUAUCUUCAAAAGUACAGGAUGCUCUGGAAAACCGACCUGUUUACAUAAGACUCCAAGGACUGAUGUGCAUGAGAGGUUCGCCUGCUAAGGCCCGAGUUGUGUAUGCCCCAGUGAAGGAAAUUGGUGGAGAGGGACGAUUGUCGCGUGCCUGCCAAGUCAUAAUUGAUGCCUAUGUCGAAGCAGGUCUUGUUCUUGAAAAGGAUGCUCAGCAAGCCUUGAAGCUACAUGCAACCUUGAUGAAUGCAAGGCACAGAAAAAGGAAAGGUAGGAGGACAAAGAGACAUGAUUCUUUUGAUGCACGCCACAUUUUCAGAGUUUAUGGUUCGGAGGACUGGGGGGAGUACCACAUUCCAGAAGUGCAUUUGUCCCAGAGAUUCAAAUUUGAUGAAAGUGGAUAUUAUCAUUGCUGCACGUCAAUUCCCUUACCUGAAAGCAUGCAAAUCGAUUGAUCUCACCCUCUAGGUAUCUUCAUUCAGGUAUUAAUGUUCGCAUCUUAAUGUGAUCAUCAAGGAUGCCACCUGCUCCUUUCUCUAGCUGUGACUACAUAGGUGUUUGAUAUCUGUAGGUCCGACACUUGCCCAGUAAUCGUUCCGUUACCUUAUAUGUAGGCGAAUAAAGUCCAUCCGUCUGGUAACUGUGUACCAAUGGUUGCAUUGUCAUAAAUAUACACCUUGUUUUAUUUUAUUUUGAUCUCCUUAUCUUUGCCACCAUCUAAUGGUAGUGUGCUGGUAGACUGCUUCAUAAAAUUUUGAUUCUAUAUUAUGCUUAGAGAGAAUCAUGCUAGUCGGAAGAAUUUGUCCGACAGAAUUGUCAAGGAUAAAACAUUUGAAACA